AUGACGAAUUUUACGCCAACAACCCACAAGGGUCCAUACGACGCCAUCAGCGCCGCUCACGCCGACCUUUCCCAAGUUGGUCGUACUGUGCUGAUCACAGGUGGCUCCAAGGGCAUCGGGUUUGCCAUUGCCCGCGCAUUCGCAAUCGCCGGAGUUACUCGGGUGAUUCUAGUUGCUCGAGGUGGCGCUGCGCUGGAUAUGGCCGUGCUCAAUUUGGAAUCGGAGUUUCAGGCAACAGUGAUCCCCAUUACGUGCGAUAUAGGGGACCCGACCGAUAUUGAGGCGUUAUGGGCGCAGCUGAAUGAUCGACAAAUUGCUGUAGACGUGCUCGUUCUAAACGCUGCUUGUGUACAGGCCCAGGAAUCAUCUAUGCUCGGUCUUGGGUGGCAAAAAACCUGGCAGUUGUUUGAGACCAAUGUCCGAGGAAAUAUGAUUCUGGUGGAGAAGAUGAUGAGCCAAGCAGACACAAAACAGAAGGUAAUUUUGAAUGUUUCCAGCCCAUUCAUCCACGAUCAGGCAAUAGCAGCUGGGUUUCAGGCAUAUGCUAGCUCGAAAUCCGCCUUUGCUAGUGCGCUACAGCAUCUGGCUACAGAGACACCCCUAGAGCGGGCCCAGAUCAUCAGCUUUCAUCCCGGGUUUAUCUACAGUGAGGGCAUGAGAUCCAUGGGCUGCACCCAUGAAGAUUUGGAUUGGGAUGACGAAGAACUCCCUGCUAAUUUCGCUGUCUGGGCCGCCUCUCCUAAAGCUGCCUUUUUGCAUGGGCGGUUCGCGUGGGCGAAGUGGAACGUGGAGGAAAUAGCAGACGCAGUACAGACCCGUCAUGCUGAUAUCCUCAGAAUAGGCGUCCAUGGCUUGUGA